AUGAGGUUCUUCUCCGCCGCCACCGCGCUUCUAGCGGCCGCCUCCACCGCCCAUGCCGCCUUCUUCAAGACCAUCGGCAUGGAAAUUGGUCCCAUCGACGACCACAUCGAGUCCCUCAACAAGCGCGCCCAAGUCGAAGGCACUUCUGGCUACGGCACCUUCGACCAGCUGAUCGACCACAACACCCCCGAGCUCGGCACCUUCAAGCAGCGUUUCUGGUAUGGCUUCCAAUACUGGAAGGGCCCCGGCUCGCCCAUCAUCCUUGUCAACCCCGGCGAGCAGGCCGCCGAUGGUUUCAAUAAGUCGUACCUCUCCGACCAGCGUCUGGCCGGUUGGAUGGCCAAGGACAUGGGCGCCGCCGUGGUGAUCAUGGAGCACAGAUACUGGGGCAAUUCCAGCCCCUUCGACGAGUUGACGGUCAAGAAUCUGCAGUAUUUGACGCUGGAGAACUCGCUGAAGGACAUCAACUACUUUGCCGAGCACAUUGAGCUGCCCUUCGACAAGACCAACGGCAGCAAGCCUGCCAACGCCCCUUGGAUCUUCUCCGGUGGUUCUUACUCGGGCGCCCUGGCCGGUUGGCUGGAGGCGCUGUACCCGGGCACCUUCUGGGCGUAUCACGGCACUUCUGGUGUGGUCGAAACCGUAGGACACUUUUGGACCUAUUUCAUCCCUGUCCUGGAAGCGACGCCGCAGAACUGCACCAAGGAUUUGACCGCUGUUAUUGACUUUGUCGAUUCCGUGUUGCUGCAUGGUACUCCCAAGGCCAAGCGUGAGCUCAAGUCCAAGUUCAAGCUGCAGGACUUGACUGAUGCCGAUUUUGCUUCUGCCAUUGAGAGCGGCCCCUGGAGCUGGCAAUCCACCCAGUUCUACUCGGAAAAGACCACCGGUUACACCCCUUACUACCGCUUCUGCGACUACGUGGAGAACGUCUGGCCCAACUCGACCAACAAGGUCCCUGGGCCACUCGGUGUUGGCAUCAACAAGGCCCUCGACGGAUACGCCAAGUGGUUCGUCGAGGAAUCUCUUCCUGGCACCUGCGAGUCUUCUGGCUACGACGCUUUCAAGGGCGAGGAUAACGUUCUCUGCUUCCAGAACCAGAACGCUUCCAACCCCAUUUUCCACGACUUGUCGGUCAACAACGCCUACAACCGCCAGUGGAAUUGGUUCCUCUGCAAUGAGCCCUUCGAAUGGUGGCAAGAUGGCGCCCCUCUUGGCCGCCCCUCCAUCGUCUCUCGCCUCGUCGACGCCGACUACUGGCGCAAGCAGUGUCCGUUGUGGUUCCCCGCCGAGAAGGGCUCCAACGCCACCUAUGGCAUCAAGCAGGGCAAGCGCGCCGAGGACGUCAACAAGUGGACCGGCGGUUGGAAGCACACCAACGGCACGCGCAUCAUGCAGGCCAAUGGUUCCCUUGAUCCCUGGAGAGACGUUACCCUGUCGUCCAAGUUCCGACCCGGUGGUCCCUUCAAGGGCAACAAGAACCACCAGGUUCGCGUCAUCGAGGGCGGUACUCACUGCUCCGACUUUUACGGUCCCAACUGGAGCGCCAAUGAGGGCAUCAAGAAGGUUGUCGAAGAGGAGGUCGCUCAGAUGGGACAAUGGGUGGCGGACUUUUACAAGAAAAAGGGGAUCACUAGGCCACAGUAA